AUGGCGGGAGAAGAGACGACGAUCUCGAACUCGAAGCCUCCGCCGGGCCCGCGACGGACCGCGGACGAGCUCUUAGCCGACGCGGAGGAGAACGCGGGCGGGGACGCGGCGUUGGACCUCACGAACCUGGACGAGAAGGCGGUGCGGAAGCUCGUCCUCGCGUUCGAGCGCAAGUACGCGACGAAUCAAGCGAUGCGUCUCAAGCACGCGGACGACCCGGCGAAAUUUAUAGACUCCGAGGUGGACCUAGACGAGGAGGUCAAGAGGCUGCAGAGGCUCGCGGGGUACCCGGACCUGUACCCGGAGUUCGUGCGCCUGAACGCGGUGCCGUCGAUCCUCGCGCUCCUCGCGCACGACAACCCGGACAUCGCCGCGGACGCGGUGGAGCUCCUUCACGAGCUCGUCGACGCCGACGCCGUGGAGUCCGGGUUCGAGCUCCUGAUCGAGUGCUUGCAUCGGUUCGGGAAAGAGUCGUCGCCGGAGGAAGCCGCCGCGGUGAACGGCGUCUUGGGGUGCGUGGAGAACAUCGUGGAGAUUCGCCCGGAGGCGGCGAGCGAAUUUUGCGACAAGACGCCGCUGCUCAAGUGGCUCCUCCGCCGCGUCGCGCCGAAACGCGCGAUCGAUAACAACAAGCUCGUCGCCGCGGAGGUGCUCACCGUGCUGCUUCAAUCGAACGACGCGAACCGUGCGCGGCUGGGCGAGCUCGGGGGCGUCGAGGCGCUUCUGAAGGCGGUCGCGCCGUACAAGAGCAAAGAUCCGUCGGACGAAGGCGAGGAGGAAAUGGUCGCCAACCUCUUCGACGCGCUCAGCGCGUGCGUCAUGGAGCGUUCGAACCGAGACGCGUUUCUCGAGUGCGAGGGUCUCGAGCUGAUGCUCCUCGUGAUUAAGAGCAAGAGGAGCUCGCGGACCGCGGCGAUCAAGUGCGUGGACUACGCGCUCACGAGGUGCGUCCCCGCGUGCGAGCGGUUCGUCGACGCGUUGGGCUUGAAGACGAUAUUCUCCGUCUUCAUGGGGAAGGGCCACGAGAAGAUGCGGAAGCGAGCCGGCGGCGCGGAGGCGGUCGCGGAGGAGGAAGAGCGCGCGGUCUCGAUCGUGAGCAGCCUCUUCUUGUGCCUGACGCCGAACACGGAGCGGCACGACCGCCUGUGCGCUAAGUUUGUGGAGGACACGCACGCCAAGUGCGACAGAGUCGCGGAGCUGUGGACAAAGUACUCGCGCCGCGUGUACUCGGUGGACGAAGCGCUCUCCACGCGCGGCGACGCGAUCGAGUUGGACGACGACGAGUUAUACAUCGAGCGCCUGGACGGGGGGUUGUACACGUUGGAGCUGUUGGGGAUCAUCUUCGCGAGCGCGUUCGCGACGGGGGACGAGGGCAUCCGACGCCGGCUGCUCUUGCAGAUGGACUUGCAGGACGACGGCGGCGGCGGCGACGGCGGCGGCGGCGGCGACGGGAUCGAACGGCGGUUGAAGUCCGUCAGGGACGUGCUCGAGACGCACGCGGAGAACAUCGGCGACGCGGACGGGGAAGAGGAGCGCGACGCGCGGCGGGGGAAGGUCGUGAAGCUGUUGGUCGCCAUCGGGGGCGGUCGGGAGGGCGACGACGACGACGACGACGCGGCGGCGGCGGCGGCGGCGGCGGCGGCGGCGGCGGCGGCGGAGGUGGAGGGGCGCGACGGCGGCGAGAUUCAACCCGCCGACGACGCGUGA